CGAGACGCCAACUCACAACUGGAGCAGCAGUCUUGCUCAGUUGCUCUCUCCUUCCCCGUUGCGCCGCCCCCUUCUCUUCCGGCGGCGGGCGACCUCCCGAACCCCCGUCGACCAUGGAGGCCGACAUCGGCUCCAGGUACGAGAUUCCCCGGACCGCGGAGUUCCUCCGGGCGCGCGCCUACACCAGGGUCGCCCUCCAGUUCCCCGACGAGAUGCUCAAGGACGCCGCGGCGGUGUCAAGGGCGCUGCGGCGGGAGCUCGCCUCCUCCGGCGGCGGCGGGGUCAGGGUGUUCGUGAUGGCCGACACGGCGUACAACUCCUGCUGCGUCGACGAGGUGGGCGCGUCACACAUUGACGCGCAGUGCGUCGUCCACUACGGCCACGCUUGCAUGAGCCCAACAUCAAAUUUGCCAGCUUUCUUCGUACUUGGGAAGGCACCACUGGAUGUCCAUGCCUGUGCCAGCUCAAUGCUGGAGUGCUCAAGGAAAGGCAAUAAGCAUAUUCUGGUUGUAUAUGGACUGGAGUAUGCAUAUGCAUUGGAUGACCUUAGACGAACUUUUGAAGAGUUACACAAAUCAAAUUCCUGCAAUUCUGAAGUCAAGUAUGCAGACGUUCUGUGUUCAGUUAUGAGCCCAUCAUCAAGUACUGCAGAUGAAAAUGAUUAUCCUCAAUCGAGUGGAAACUCUUGCCAUGUAGAUUUGUCAAUAAAGAGUGAUGUGUCAACAUUUCUUAGUAAUCGUUUUACCAUGGAAUGUUCUAGUUCCACACACAAAUACAGCCUUGGUGGUGUUACAUGGAAUAUUUCACCUCAGGAAAAAAUGGAGGACUAUAUAAUAUUUUGGAUUGGACAAGAUAAUCCGGCAUUUGCCAACAUUGUGCUGACCUUCAAUAAAUGUGAAAUAGUUAGACAUGAUGCAAUAAAAAAUCAACUCUCAACAGAUGUCUCUCAUCUGAUGAAAGUUCUUAGGCGAAGAUAUUACCUUGUGGAGAAGGCAAAGGAUGCAAAUAUUAUUGGCAUUUUAGUGGGAACUCUUGGUGUUGCUGGUUAUCUUCAUAUAAUUGAACAUCUGAAAGAAGUGAUCAGGGCUGCUGGAAAGAAAUCUUAUACAUUGGUCAUGGGCCGGCCUAAUUCUGCAAAACUUGCAAAUUUUCCUGAGUGCGAAGUUUUUGUUUAUGUUUCUUGUGCCCAAACUGCUCUACUGGAUAGCAAAGAUUUUUUAGCUCCAGUUAUUACACCUUUUGAAGCUGUAUUAGCUUUUAGCAGGGGAAGAGAGUGGACUGGUGAAUAUCUUUUGGAUUUCAAGGAUUUGAUCACUUCAGAGAAACAAGAAGUUACAAGCGCAACAGAAGCACGGUUUUCCUUUAUCAAAGGUGCCUAUGUGGAAGAUAACUGCACUCAAGUCACAUGUUCUUCAUUCAAUUGUUUGCCCCCAACAGAAUGUAUGGAACAAUCAGAAACAUCACUUACACUAGCUGAGGUAACAGAAAAGGCACUAAGCAUCCAAAACCAGAACAACGACGCUGUCCUUUACCAAGGAAGAGCAAUGUCCUCAAUCGACUACCUCAAGGCACGUUCAUACCGUGGUCUAACUGGAGAUUAUGAGGGUCCAGCACCUGAUUCAAUCUUGGUGGGCAGAACGGGGAGGGCAGCUGGUUACAAUGACGAGAAAACACGAAGUGCACAAUGAUGGCAUUUGGCAGUUAAUCAGUUACUAAAGGUUUCUGGUGAGGAAAACACACAGAGUUCACUUGCACCCUGAAAGGUUCACCAUUCUGCAAUACCUGUUUUAUUUUUAUUGGGAAAGAUAGAUUUACAGACGACCGUGCAUUUAUCGUUGGUGUGCAAUACCUGUUUCUAAGGGGAAGGGGAACAAACCUUUGGAUGCAGUUCUCUCAGGAGGCACUUUUUCUGUUAGAAACUAGCGCAUUCGGAGAGUCAGUUUUGAUAGUCAAACAGCCUUGCAGAUUCCAGAAACUGGCAUGAUUUCAGAAGUUACAGAAGAUAUACGUGGUUUGCCACCCGUUCUGUAAUUGUCCCUAUAUAUGUUUGUACAAGACAAUUUGCCCUAUAUAUUCUUAUUGGCAAUUUCUUAAUGGACCAUUUGGUAAUCCUUUACACC